AUGGAGGUGCCGCUUGUUAACUUUGAGAACAUGGAUGAUGUUGGCAUCAAUCUGGGGGACCCGAACGACUCAAGGUAUCCGACUUCUCCCACAUCAGAGGCCCCCGAUCAGAACCUUCUACCCCACCGUUUGAGUUCUCCUCAUCAGUCGCCACACAGAGGUCGACGCCGGCAUCAGUCUGGCCAAGAAGGGCUGUCACCGUCCACUCCUCCGACCCUGACCACUAAAGCAAACUCCAGCAGCUGCAGCUUGAUCUCUAAUCUGAAACUUCUAGUCAACAGCGAGUCUCCCACUGACAGCGUCUUCAGUAAAAUGGCGAAGGAUUGCUACGAGAAUGAAGAUUUGUUUGAAAAGCACUACAUGGAAGAAAAAGAUGAGAAGGUUGUCAUCAAUAUUUCAGGACUGAUGUUUGAGACGCAGCUUAGCACCUUGAAUAAAUUUCCUGAGACGCUUUUAGGUGACCCCAUGAAGAGGAUUAGCUACUUUGACCCAAUGAGAAACGAGUAUUUUUUCGACAGAAACCGCCCAUCUUUUGAUGGGAUCCUCUACUACUAUCAAUCAGGGGGGAGAAUCCGUAGACCAGCCAACGUACCAUUGGAUGUUUUUGCGAAUGAAAUAGUUUUCUAUGAGUUGGGUCAUGAAGCGAUGGAGCAGUUCCGCGAAGACGAAGGGUUUAUCAAAGAGCCAGAGGUCCUUUUGCCCACUAACGAACUCCAACGACAAUUCUGGCUCCUGUUUGAGUACCCGGAAAGCUCUAGUGCCGCCAAAUCAGUCGCUCUGGUUUCUGUGUUUGUCAUUGUCAUUUCAAUCUUCAUCUUCUGCUUAGAGACGCUGCCAGAGUUCAGGGAAGACCAUGACUUUAUGCCGGGUUUAACUGAAAUCAUCAAUGGCACCCAGGAGGCGCAUCGUCCAGCGGUUAAAGAUGUAAUGGCGUACUUAACAGACCCAUUUUUCAUUGUGGAGACUAUUUGCAUCAUUUGGUUCUGCUUUGAAGUCGGCGUCCGUUUUGUGGUGUGCCCGAGCAAGAGUGAUUUCUUCAAUAACAUCAUGAAUAUCAUCGACAUAGUCUCUAUAAUUCCCUACUUUGUAACGCUGGGAACAGAGCUGGCCACAACCCCCGAUGAUGCCAACUCGAGUCAGAACAUGUCCUUGGCAAUCCUUCGAAUCAUCCGUCUCGUGAGAGUUUUCCGAAUUUUUAAGCUCUCCCGACACUCGAAAGGACUUCAGAUCUUGGGGCAGACCUUGAAAGCCAGCAUGAGGGAACUUGGUCUGCUCAUCUUCUUCCUUUUUAUAGGAGUCAUCCUUUUCUCAAGUGCCAUCUACUUUGCAGAAGUGGAUGAGCCCCAGACGCAGUUUGUUAGCAUCCCUGACGGCUUCUGGUGGGCCGUGGUGACGAUGACCACAGUGGGAUAUGGAGACAUGUGCCCCAUCACGAUGGGAGGCAAAAUGGUCGGCACCCUCUGUGCCAUUGCCGGUGUCCUGACCAUUGCCCUGCCCGUCCCUGUCAUCGUCUCCAACUUUAACUAUUUUUACCACCGUGAGACUGAGCAGGAGGAGAAGCAGAUCAUGGAUGCAGCAGCUGAGGCUGCCCAGAAAACAUCAGCUGCUAACAAGUAUGGAAGCACGCCUUCACUAAACAAGAGUAACGGCACCUGGCAGAAUGAGAAAAACGGUAUGCACUGA